CGUGGUUGUUACAAACCUCUCUCAGGACACAACGGGGAGGCGGAGGUGGAGAGAUGCGGGCGCAGUCGGGAUGGGAGAGGAGGAGAUGAGGAGAGUCCGCUCUCUAACCAUGGAAAUAAUGCUGCUGCUGCUGCGCAUCCUGCACAUUUUUGAAACCAGGACUUAAAAAGAAAAACCGGACUUGCCACCACCUUUCUGUUUUCUCUCAGACUCUCCUUCUCAUUUUUUCCCUAAGGAAAGACUUGCAUGCAGGAUGUGGACUAUAGCAGACGAGGAAAAAAACACUCAAAAUGGAUUUCUUAAACAGCUCCAACCUGGAAGAUGGGAUAGAGGCAGAAAAUAUCUCCUCUAAUGCCACUUCACAGAACCAGUACUCACAGCUCGCUAUCUGGGGUCUGGCUGGACUUAUCAGCUUUCUGAUUUUGUUUACAAUUGUCGGGAAUGUCUUGGUUGUCAUUGCUGUUUUAACGAGCAGAGCUCUGAAACCACCCCAGAACCUUUUUCUUGUCUCCCUGGCCAGUGCGGACAUACUGGUGGCCACCCUUGUCAUGCCAUUUUCUCUGGCAAAUGAACUCAUGGGCUAUUGGUUUUUUGGCAAAGUCUGGUGUGACAUCUACCUGGCUCUGGACGUUUUAUUCUGCACCUCUUCUAUUGUUCAUCUGUGUGCCAUCAGUUUGGACAGAUACUGGUCGGUGACACAGGCUGUAGAGUAUAACUUGAAGAGAACACCGAAAAGAGUUAAAGGGAUGAUUGUGGUGGUGUGGUUGAUCUCAGCUGUCAUCUCCUUCCCACCACUUAUAUCAAUGGACAGGAGCAACAAUGAGGCCAGUCCCCAGUGUAUCCUGAAUGAUGAGACCUGGUACAUCCUGUACUCCAGCAUCGGCUCUUUCUUCGCACCCUGUGUUAUCAUGAUUCUUGUAUAUAUCCGGAUCUACCAGGUGGCAAAGACCAGGACAAGAACAAUGUCAGAGAAGAAGAGGGAUGUGGACUCACCUCUGGAGAAUGGGAUGGACCGAGCUGAGGCGGGUGGGUCAUUAACGUCUAAAAGGGGCGGGAGCAGGAAAGACCAGGAAAGUGAAAAUGGGCACUGCCAGGAGCAGUCAGCUCAGUCACCACGACCGAACGCAAACCAACAUACAGACCACGAUGACGACUAUGACGAUAGCAGCUCCUCUGAUGAGAAACCUAAAAAGAAUUCUACUUCAUCCAGGCAACAUCACGGCGACAGGAAAGACAGGAAGUCUAGUCGGAAGAGCAGCUUAGCCUCCAAACACUCCAGCAGGAAGUCCCGUGCCAGUGCCAAGUCCAUAGAGCUCUUCUCGUCCCGCCGCAAACGCCGGAGCACCGUCAACCGUAAGAAAGUCUCAGCUGCUAGAGAGAAACGCUUCACUUUUGUCCUUGCCGUCGUCAUGGGCGUAUUUGUUGUGUGCUGGUUCCCCUUCUUCUUCUCCUACAGCCUGUAUGGCAUCUGCCGGGAGCCGUGCCAGAUUCCAGAGACCCUGUUCAAGUUCUUUUUCUGGAUUGGCUACUGUAACAGCUCCUUAAACCCAGUCAUCUACACCAUUUUUAACCAGGACUUCCGUAGAGCCUUCCAGAAGAUCCUUUGCAAGUCAUGGAAACGAUCUUUCUGAGGGGGGGGGUCAUCCUGCACAGCUGGAUUUUUAAUAGACAUUUUCCCUGCAGUCUUGUUGUGAGCUGUAUAACAAAGAGUAUUUCCACACCUUUGCCUUCAGGGAUUACACUUAAAAUGAAGAGAUUCUUAAGAGAACACAGAAUCCAACUAAGGUAGAAUAAAGAUGUUGAAGUACAACGGUUGAAGCACUAAGGAUAUUCACAGAGAAGGCUUUCAUUAAAUGCCAUUCUCAGGCUGCAUUUGGACUCUGACGGUGGCUUUGGUUCAUUCCCCCUCCUCAGUGGCUUCUUCUCCCUUCAUUUAAUAUGAUAAACUGACAGUUAAAUGUGCUGCAUGCACACCACAAUGGCUGCACUGGAGGCGAAAGGUUUACAGAGACACUUGAUUUAUAAUGUGACCUCAUUCACUGACUAUAAUGCGAAGGCCUUGACAAUCUCCACACGACCGUUGUUUGUGAUGCGAGAUGGUGGGAUGACUCCUUUCUCUCUCUCUCUCUCAGUUUUUUCUGUUCUUUCUAUAAUGUCACACUCCCAAUAUGUGGACCAAUGGGACGAAGGGGCUCCUUGCUUACUGUUUAGUAGCAAAACUGUUUCACUAAAAAUAAGACUCAUGUUCGAAUACUACACAGAUAUAUUUCAGCUUCAUUGUUGCUUGUGGCUCCCGUUAUCUAAACUGGGACAUGUAAGGGAAACUUUCCAUCAUGUUGUGGGUUUU